AUUCUACAACCGUCUUUUUAGGGUUUCGGCUUCCUCCUGCCCGCCGGCUCCUCUUUCUUACCCCGACGCCAGGAUCAUGAAGGUCGCCAGUGGCAACGCCGCGGCCGCCGCGGGCCCCAGCUGCGCCCUGAAGGGCGGCAAGGCUGCGGGCGGCGCCGGCGAGGUGGUGCGCUGCCUGUCGGAGCAGAGCGUGGCCAUCUCGCGCUGCGCCGGCGGCCCCGGGGCGCGCCUGCCCGCCCUGCUGGACGAGCAGCAGGUCAACGUGCUGCUCUACGACAUGAACGGCUGCUACUCGCGCCUCAAGGAGCUGGUGCCCACUCUGCCCCAAAACCGCAAAGUGAGCAGGGUGGAGAUCCUCCAGCACGUCAUCGACUACAUCUGGGACCUGGAAUUAGAGCUGAACUCCGAAUCUCAAGUCGGGACCCCCGGGGGCCGGGGGCUUCCCGCCCGGGCUCCGCUCAGCACCCUCAACGGCGAGAUCAGCGCCCUAGCGGCCGAGGCGGCUUGUGUUCCAACAGACGAUCGCAUCUUGUGUCGCUGAAGUGUCGUCCUCCGGGACCGGCAUACCCCAGCGCUCCAGGGGCCGAGAGGAAUAAGUGCUCCCGGUCCGCCCAAGAGCCUCGCCGCAGCUGGGGAGGAACAACAUUGAGAUCAGCGGCUUUGGGGUUCAUGCUGGAUCCAGCCCAGGGCUGGGGACUGACAGGGCAGGCCGACCUUCCCUCCACACCUAUCAGUCACCAGAGACUUCGGGGAGUCCCCCCCCCCGUGUGUUUCUAUUUUUUGAAAAGCAGACAUUUUGAAAAAUGGUCACGUUUGGUGCUUCUCAGAUUUCUGAGGAAAUUAAUUGCUGUGUAUUGUAUAUUACAAUGAUCACCGACUGAGAA